AUGGGCAACCGAAGUGAGAAAAGUAUUUCAGUUCCGGCUUUCUCUAUGAAGCCGGAGUUUGCGGGACUAUGCGGGGCUUUGAUGAUUGUUACGGGGACCGUGUUUGCGGCGCUGGGUUCUGUCUAUGUUGACAGGACAAAGAAAUUUGACGAAGUUCUUAAAAUGUCUUUCGGCCUUGCUUGUCUGGCAUUAAUUGCUUUUACACAGGUUACACGAAUUAGGGACCAGCAUGUAUGGGUUGCUGUAACUUCUGCGAUGUUUGGAGGUUUUUCGCUUGUUAUAUAUCCGGUCAGUCUAGAGUUAGCUGUUGAGAUAACGUUUCCUGUGGCUGCGGCAACCAGUUCAGGACUCUGCAUCAUAAGUGGAUCUACUCAAGGAAUCGCCAUAAUGUUUGCAAUGCAGUUUUUGGCACGGCCUUUGCCUGAAUGGGAGCGCAGUUUGGAAUCUGGCUGUCUACAGGAUGGCACUUUUAACCCGCAAGAUUUUACAUAUUCGUACCUGUGGAUGUCUAAUUGUGUGGUAGUUGCAGCAUUUGUGGUACUUGUACUGUUUUUCAGACCAAAAUAUAAACGUUUGAUGGAGGAGAGAAAGGUGAAGUCACAAACUAGUGUAUACGUUAUAAACAAUGAGAAUACUGAGAAAAAUCACAUCCAGAUUACAAAACUGUGAUCUCAAAAUCUGAAAUUUUACAACGAAUAAUACCAACAUGAAGCAUAAUUCAUUGUAUAUAUAAAUGUCAGUAGGCCAUAAAAUUUGUCCAGCUUCCUCAUUUAACAUUUGUAUUCAAGCUGAUGAUUACAUUUUAGUAUCGGCGUGAAGUUGGCAGUACAGU